CCUUUUUUAAAUUUUUUAUUAUCGGCGAAGGGGUGUCAUCGUCAUGGCUGAGGAAGAGGCGCUGAGGAAGCAGGCAGAUACGGUGCGGCGCCUCAAGCAGGAGAAGGCUAGCCCGGAAGAGAUCACAAAGCAAGUGUCAAAGCUGCUGGAGAUGAAGUCAGCAAUGCAUCCUGAAGAAGGCAAGCAUAAAUUUGUUUUGAAGACACCAAAGGGUACUCGGGAUUAUAAUCCCAAACAGAUGGCUAUCAGAGAGAAAGUCUUCAAUGUCAUUACCCAAUGCUUUAAACGUCAUGGAGCUGAGACAAUAGAUACUCCAGUAUUUGAAUUAAAGGAAACCUUAACAGGGAAAUAUGGAGAAGACUCAAAGCUCAUCUAUGAUUUGAAAGACCAAGGAGGAGAGCUGCUAUCGCUUCGCUAUGAUUUGACUGUGCCGUUUGCUCGUUAUUUGGCUAUGAACAAAAUCACCAACAUUAAGCGUUACCAAAUUGCUAAAGUCUACAGGCGGGAUAACCCAGCCAUGACGAAGGGACGUUACAGGGAGUUCUAUCAGUGUGAUUUUGACAUUGCUGGCCAUUAUGACAUCAUGAUUCCUGAUGCAGAGUGUCUGAAAAUUGUGCAUGAGAUUCUAUGUGCCCUACAAAUAGGAGACUUUCUCAUCAAGGUCAAUGACCGUCGUAUCCUUGAUGGGAUGUUUGCAGUCUGUGGGGUUCCAGAUACCAAAUUCCGGACCAUUUGCUCCACUGUAGAUAAAUUAGACAAGGUGGGCUUAGUUUAAUUGAACAAUUGCUCCAAGAUCCAAAGCUGUCACAAAAUAAAUUGGCUCGGGAAGGGCUUGAGGAAGUGAAACAGCUGUUCAAAUAUUUGGAUCUUUUUGGCAUUUCAGAUCAGAUUUCCUUUGAUUUAAGUCUCGCUCGUGGUUUGGAUUACUACACUGGAGUAAUAUAUGAGGCUAUCCUUCUCCAAGAACCAAAUGAUCAUGUGGAGGAGUCUGUUGGUAUUGGCAGUGUGGCUGGAGGUGGCCGUUACGAUGGGUUAGUAGGGAUGUUUGAUCCAAAGAAUCGGAAAGUGCCUUGUGUUGGAGUCAGCAUUGGCAUUGAACGGGUCUUUUCCAUUAUGGAACAAAAAAUGGAGGCUUCUGAAGAGAAAAUCCGAACCACAGAGACCCAGGUGCUUGUAGCAUCUGCUCAAAAGAAACUUCUUGAAGAAAGACUAAAGCUUGUGUCCGAGUUGUGGGAUUCAGGAAUUAAGGCAGAGAUACUUUAUAAGAAAAAUCCCAAACUACUAAACCAGUUGCAGUACUGUGAGGAAACUGGAAUUCCACUUGUUGCUAUAUUGGGAGAGCAAGAGUUAAAAGAUGGAGUUGUCAAAUUGCGUGAUGUGGUUACUAGAGAAGAGGUGGAUAUUUGCAGAGGAAAGCUUGUGGAAGAAAUCAAGAGACGAACACAUAUUCUCUAGAAAUACUGGAUUUCCCUUUGAAAAGAUCCGCAAAACUUCAUAAAUGACUUCAAAUUAGGGGUUUUUUUUCGAAGCUGUAAUUUAUUUUUCUGUAAAGCCCCUUAAUCUUAGAGAUCAAGGAGCUUAGUCUUAAAGAGUAAAGAGCUGUGGUUCAAAGCAAAUGAAAGCUGGUAUUUUCAAUAUUCUGUUCCAUUGUUUAAAAUAUUGGCGUUUUGAAUCCCUGAUUUGACCUCAAUAAAAUUUAUU